AUGGAGGAGAAAGAGGGAGUGGAUUUCGGAUUUGCAGUAGAAGUGAGCCAAGCUCCAGAGAGCUUAGGAAUGAUGGAUUUGAGACCUGAAAAUACAAGCACAGAUAGUGAGUCACCGCCGCCGCAGCCGCAGUCGCAGUCGCAGUCACAGCCGCUGGCGAGUGUUCCAACGGUGGCGGCUACAGAUGGGAAGAAGAAAAGAGGGAGGCCGAGAAAGUACGGUCCCAAUGGGACUGUAGCUCCAACUUUGUCGCCAAUGCCGAUUUCGUCUUCGAUUCCGCUGAGUGGAGAAUUUCCGGUUUGGAAACGGGGAAGAGGGCGGUCAGUAGAGUCGAUUAAGAAGCCGCGACGAGGGUACGAAUUUGAGAUUCCAGGUAACAAGGUUGCCUUCAUUGCUGGGGCAGAUUUCACACCUCACGUGAUCACUGUUAAUAUUGGUGAGGAUGUUAACUUGAAAAUCAUGUCAUUUUCUCAACAAGGAUCUCGGGCAAUUUUUAUACUCUCUGCUAAUGGUAUGGUUUCGAAUGUUACACUUAGGCAGUCAACAUCUUCUGGGGGCACUCUUACGUAUGAGGGUCGAUUUGAGAUACUUUCAUUGUCUGGAUCAUAUAUGCCUUCUGAGAGCGGUGGAACAAAGAGCCGAUCUCGAGGGGUGAGUGUUUCUUUGGCUGGCUCAGAUGGCCGAGUGAUGGGUGGAGAACUUGCCGGCAGGCUGAUAGCAGCUGGUCCAGUACAGGUGGUGGUGGGCAGUUUCCUACCACCAGUUCACCAGAAGGAACAUAAACCAAAGAAGAGUAGGAUGGAACCUAAAUCGAACGCAAUUUUACCUCCAGCCGAUGUUCUUUCUGGCGAAGGGACGAACGGAGUCCUUGGCGGAGUGGAGGCCAUAGUCCCAUCUACUCUAAUUGAAGAUAAACCAGCCUCUUUAGACCAAAAUCCAGCUUUUAAAACUCCACAAGUCAACGAAAAGUUACCUUUUCCACAAGAAUCAAGAGGUGUACUCAACCAUUCAAACCAUGAGGUUUCUUGUUGAUCAUAAUCGUCCCCUGCACGUUCAAUCUUUCAUGCAGAUUUGCUGGUGCAUUGGCUUUUCCUCGACCUCGAUUAUCAAUGGUAUGAGCUCAUUGAUUCCUUAAAGGGCUAACUAAGAGUGUUUAAACAACUGACGUAUAUGUGGCCAUCAGGUAACAUCUCUAGAUAGGAGUUUGAUGCUUUAGGCUUAUUUGUUCUGUUCUCAGCAUGUAGGUUCUUGUGUGUUGUAUCCCAAUUAACGUUAUAGCAGUUUAGGUGCAGAAGUUUGUGUAAAUUAUUCAUGUUCUAGAAUUCUCUGUAUCUGAAAUAAUAACAUUUUAAGUUAAAUUUCAAACACUGUUUUCCAAUGUUCUAUUUGUGUACGUAUUCUUUUAUCUCAGGCCUGGCUGGCUUUUGUUAAUAAGGUUCUGUAGAUCACCAUGCAUUCGGUGCAACUUCCUUCAUUAUAAUAGUUGGUCAUGAAAGAUCAUCUUAGCUCCUAAGAUCUGCAUAAGGAUCAUUGCCCAGAUGUUCUUAUUCGGAAGUAAUGAAUUUGAUGUCAUUUGGCCGGGAUGGCGGUAAAGCAACCUGGUUUAUGUUGAUCGUUAACGCUUAGAUUAAAUUUGAGCUAUUUGAUUUGUGUUC